UCAAUGCAGAGAAGCAGGAAAAACCUUGAAGCACCUAUAAUUACAUCUGCGGGCUCCCAAGAGUCAUGAUUUAAGUCUCACCUGGUAAUAAAGUACCCUAGCAAUAAGUGGAGACAACAGAAGGAAGGGAGGGGCUGCCUAAAAGAUGUAAGACAAGUUGCUAAAUAUUAGCAGAUAAAACACGGGUGACAAGUUUUAAUACCAUUGUAGAAACCAAACAAUUUUGAGCAAGGCUUCCGGCUGGCUUCGCUCCCAGGGUAAACAGCUUGAGCUUUCACAGUCACUGGGAUUUCCUAGGCAACAGGAGUGUAAACUUGAGAAAAGGCCAGCCCAGAAUAGGGAUUGACUGUGAUCUGGGCCAAUAAGGCUGUGAGUCUGCAGCAGUUCUUCCCAGGCUGACCAAUUAGCACUAAGAGGGUGGACCAGGAGAUCUGAGGAAGACAGAUGGCAGGGACAGCACGCCAUGACCGAGAGAUGGCGAUUCAGGCCAAGAAGAAGCUCACCACGGCCACUGACCCCAUUGAAAGACUGCGACUGCAGUGCCUGGCCAGGGGUUCUGCUGGCAUCAAAGGACUUGGCAGAGCAUUUCGAAUUAUGGAUGACAACAACAACCGAACCCUUGAUUUCAAAGAGUUUGUGAAAGGGUUAAAUGAUUACGCGGUGGUCAUGGAAAAGGAAGAGGCAGAAGAGCUUUUCCGGAGGUUUGAUAAAGAUGGAAAUGGAGUGAUAGACUUCAAUGAAUUUCUUCUCACAUUAAGACCUCCGAUGUCUAGAGCCAGAAAAGAGGUAAUUAUGCAAGCUUUUAGAAAGUUAGACAAGACUGGAGAUGGCGUUAUAACCAUUGAAGACCUUCGUGAGAUGUAUAACGCAAAACACCAUCCAAAGUACCAAAAUGGAGAAUGGUCAGAGGAACAAGUAUUCCGGAAAUUUCUGGAUAACUUUGAUUCUCCUUAUGAGAAAGAUGGAGUGGUGACCCCUGAGGAAUUUAUGAACUACUAUGCAGGUGUAAGUGCAUCCAUUGACACGGAUGUGUACUUCAUCGUCAUGAUGAGAACCGCCUGGAAGCUCUAAAUGCAUGAUCCCAGGGACGAGGCCUUGGGGACAGCCGCGUGGCUCCAUAUGAUUAAACCUCAGCUCAGAAACUAAGUUCAUAUUUGCUUUCAUGUUCAUCACAGUGUUUUUUCCAUGUCAACACUCUGCACUUUCUGGGGCUGAGAAAAGGACAGAAAUAAAGACACUAAAUAGGCAAUUAUGAAUUUAUCUACUCUAAAGCUGUUUUCUUAGCUCUGCAAUACAGAUUAAAUAAAACCACAUCAGUCAAAUUUUCCUGGAAUUAACAAGUGUGGUGGAUAUAUGUGGAUGUCUAAUGAACUUUAGGUUUCUUCUUUGACUAUUAAUGAAAGUUUGAAUAUUGUCUGUGUAAUCCCUAAUCAUGCAGCUACAGUCUUUCUAUACCUCCUGUAUCCAGUCCAUUUCUAGACAUUUCUAGAUGACAGAGUUAAUUUAUUUUUGUGACUGAUUGUGAAUUUUAAAGUUUUUUUUUCCUCAUUUGGGGACCAGAAGGAUAUCAUACAUUAGCCUCAAUUUCUAUAACUGAAAUUUGAGUUUCCUUGCACAGGGUUUAAGGAAGCUUUGAUUUGGCAAAUCAAAUUCCAUUUAAAAUGGAAUUUUGAGGGGGAGUCCCUUAUGUUGUAGAUUAAUUAAUUUUUUUAUUUUAAAGGGAGAAGAGAGAGAGAGAGAGAGAGAGAGAGAGAGAGAUCCUGUUCAAAUGCCCGCAAUAGCCAGGAACUCGAUCUAGGCCUCCCGCACAGGUGGCAGGAUCCAAGUCCUUGAACCUUCACUUGUUGGCUCCUAGGAUGCGCACUGGCAGGAAGCCAGACUUGAUAAGAUUAUUUUUGGUCUAUUUUCCAGAUAUGAUUGCACAAAAAAACAACUGGAACUUGAACCCUGGCACUUCUGAUACAAUACUCACCCGCUUUUGGUCAUUUAAAAGUCUGCUGUAAGGGUUGACCCAAGACUGUUCAGGGAAUUCCUGCUGUUAAAGUUUUGACACUGGGCUGUGCUCUUGGAUUUUCCCCUGUGCACGGACACACUAUACCAGAGGGGCUUCACCUGGUGGGCUGUGAUCUCUUCCUUAGGGUCAGCCAAUCACUGAAGUUCCCAUAAGGACAAAGAGAUUGGGACUGGCAUGGACUAGUGUCCCAGGCAUACUCCAGUGCAGAGAUUCCAUCUUGACACUUCAUGACUCAAAGCCACCUCCCCCAGCAGUGAGGUCUGACUUCCUAUUUUUGGUGUGUGGGAAUCUUCCCAUGAAAGGAAGCCCCUGGUGCAGGAAGACAGAUGUUAAAAAUACAGCCCUUCCUCUUUGUGUUCUGUGCCUGUGGCCAGAGAUAAAAACACAGGGACUAAUCCCUGGUUACAGUGCUGGAGGCAGUGACCACCUGCCUUGUGUUUCUGGGAAGCCUUUCUUUUUGCUUCCUCCGUCCCUGGAUGUAUUAAUUCCCUGUUUUGGGGACAUAGGUUAAUGGUCUUCUUUAAGCUCUUAUACAGUUAGGUAGCUUUGGAUUUAGAGGAUGAACACACUUGCCAUGUUUUAUAUGUACUCACUUGUUUACUUAUUAUUUCACAGAUGUGGAAGUUGAGAUCAGGACAUACAUUGGUUUAAAAAUUGUGAAAGCCGAUGAUGUCAGAUGCGAAUGACAACAGUCACUAAAGAGGAAACUACUUUGUUUCUUGUUGAAAAGCUUAGCUCUCAUUUAUCUUGAUGACAGACUGGAAAAGGUUCCCUGUUACUUGAAGAUGGGCACAUUCCCAUAUCAUAGAACACUGCUUUAUUUUUAAAUUUAGUUAUACAAGUCUGGCUUUCCACUGGGCUUAGAUAGAGAUGAAUGGGCCAAAAAGCACCAGGUGUUAUGAAGAACUCACAUUAUCCAUGUGUUUGGCACCCUGCACCUUUCAGAUUGUGGCUAAGGAGGGGUCUCCUGUUUCCUGGGCAUGGCGGGUUUCAAGCCUCCUGCUUGAUUCUGGAUAUGACUCAUGCCCUAGCCUAACUGGGGCAAUAGAGCAAGUGGGUGAUUCUGAGUAGGUACUGGGUUGAAGAUAUCAGCUUCGUCUGCCUGAGUGGCACUGAGUUUCCUGUCUAAUGGGGGCACAGGGCACAGCUAUUUGAUUUCAGAUAAACCAUAUGUCACAACAAUAUGUUUGGUCACAUUCAUUUGCUUCUCUUCUUGGUUCUGGGCCUAACAGCAAGAUUCUACCAAAUAAGAUCUCCUCGUCAUAAACCAAUAGUCAAGGAUGCUCGCACUUUUGUUACCUAUGAUUUUUGGCAUAGUAAGGAAUUACUCAAUAUUUACCUUUACUCUUGUAGCAGUGGGGAGGAACAGGGAAGAGUCAUUAAAAACAUAGUUUGCUAAUGAAUCUAUGCAUGUAUAUUCUGUUUAUUUAACUGAAACAUUUAAACCCUUACUCCACUUACAAAUUUAAAAGUAAGCACUUGGGCCAGAAGAAAAAAAAAACAGCAAAAAGUCUCCAAAACAUCCCGUGGCAACACCAGCUAUUGAUCCUGGACCCCAGCUAGAAAAUUAAAUAAACAAACAUGCUGAAGAAAUUAAGAUGGAAUUAGCAGCUUUUUAUGUAGGAGGACAGAAGUACGUAAACAUUCUGAGAACCAGGCUUUGUCAGGAUAAACCAUCCAUAAAACAUGAAUCUGAGUUUCUAACUCCCCGGAAAGCAAACCUUUGCAAGAAUGACAAGGGGCUCUGAUGCAGCUGCCAAGAGUUGGUGCCCAAGAGCCUGUUUUUCACAGCUACCUAAAUGUUGAUAGGAUCUUUUCAGGCCCAGAUGGCACUUGGGAGGACAAUGUACUGGUUCUGUGUGGUUUCCAAUCAGGCAAGAGUCCUGUUUCAUACCCUACCUGUAGCUUUGAAAGUGAAGCUGGAUGCCCUCCAGGUAGGCUGCAGGUUGGCUUGGAACACAUGGUUUGAGGAUGGAAAUACCUCCCAUCAAUAACUACUUUUUGAGCCACAUGCUUCUUUCUAGGCUGUGGUGGUAGAGCAGUGAACAAGACUGAGCGCAAACAAGUCCAUUGGUUUUCAAACCACACUGGCAACUCAAAGUUGUUAAGAGGUGAAAGAAGGUAGAGAGAGGUAGAGGAUACAUGGGCACCAAUAUUCCCUCCCCAGGUCUCAUCCAGGCCAGGACAGUUGGAGUCUUUUAUAAAGUGCUGUGUUGGGAAACUAUGUGAUUUGAUGAACAUAGAUAGUACAUACAAUAUAGACAAUGCAAGCAAAUCUUUUUCUUUUGCUGGAAGUAGAUAUUUGGCUUGGCUCUUCAAUUCUCUUGGCCAGUGUAGAUGGCCUCCCUGAGUCAUAAAAAUACAACCAAGCAAUGAUUUCACUCUUAGUAAGCUACAAAUGCUGUUAUGCUAAUAUUUAAUCAAGUGGACAGAUUGAAUUAAUCAAAUGUAUUCUUGAAUAGUGUGUGGGUGGGUUUCCAUUCCUACUCCAUGAAAUUUUGUGAACACCCACUGUGUGGUAUAUCUUUUUGGACUUAUGCAUAUCUACUUGGAACACAGAAUGAAAAGCCUCACAACUUCCAGUUUCCCAAAUUGGCCACAAACAUGCUUUCCUGGAAAUUAUUACCUGUUAUUUUAAAUUAAGAACUUGUUGAAUGAAGCCGCAGUUUCAAAUCUUAGAAAUGCUUGUGACUCAAAGGAAAAACAAGGAUGUUGAGGGUCUCAAGUUGGUCAUACAACAUUCCUGGUUCCCAUAUAAUUGAUCCUUUUGAAAGCCAGUGUUUCUCACAUGGUUGUACUCUUCCAAGUCAUUUAUGUGAAUAACUAUAUAACUCUGAUAGACACAGAUGGUUCUUUUAUUCUAAUUGAAAGGCCCCACUAAGUCAAUCCCCAAAAUUAAUUGUUCAAAAACAGAUCAUGAGUGAAAUCUGUUGAAAGAAACAUAAACAAAUGAUUGCUGGGGGUUCUUGGGGGUUCUGAGAACACUGCUGUGUGAGAAGAGUGCUUUGCUGUCUCAGUCGGUGCGGUGAGAGGUUGUGGUGAAACAGCCCAGCCCUUCCUCUCUGAGAAUACCAUGACCUUCUUCUUUCAUUCUCACACCUGCUUGGCCAAAGCCAGGUUUUUUCUCCCUCAGCAAAAUAUAGUGGGAAAAGAGUGCUCUCCAAGAGUGAAAUGCACCGAAAAUACGAGCAGCCACCUGGUUGCUAGGGUGUUGAUGUGUAUCUUGCAACUACCACAAAGAUGUAGUGCAGCAGGGAGGGAAGCUGGUAAAAUGCAAUGGCCUUUUUCUUUUAUAUGAGAUUUUUCACCCUAUUCUUCAUAAUGGGAUUCACUGAUCUUCACAACUGGCAUUCAGAUACAGUAUUGAUUUGGGAGCAUCAUCAUCUUAAGCUUGAAAGCUUUGACUUGUUGGUCUUCUGGAAACAUUCAUGCCCCACAAGCUGGUGAUUAUCAAUGCUCUGAGACCCUUAGAAAAGAAAGGGAACUUGAAAUUAAAGGGAAAUAACAGAUGGUGGCGGGGCUUGCUUCUUCCAGGCAUGUAGUGAAUCUCCUAGUGUUUCUUCAUUGAUGGGAAUCAAGUGUUCAGGACUGCAGGGUAUUAUCAGACGUCAGGCAUUAUCUUAUUAAACCCAGAUAAUUCCUUUACUUUUCAAGGAAAAUGGAAAUAAAGUACCAUUUUACAAAUUUCACACCUAAUCAUGCCCAGAAUAGUAAUAUUGUUCAAAAUCCAUUUGCUUAACCUUCUUGUAGAGGUUACUAAGUACAUAUAAAAAAUUACCAUGAAUUUGAAUUCCACCGAGUUGAUUUAGAGAAGGUUUAAGUAAAAAUUUACUCACAUUUCAUCAAUACUAAAACGGGGGGAGAGAGGGUUGGUAAAUAAAUCUCUAACAGAAGGAAGAUUGCAAAGGCUGUGCCUUCCUAUAUUCAUUUAUGUUUUAUAAGUACUUGGAAAUGCUUGUUUGCAUAUACGAUGUAGUUAGUUUGUUAGCUGUAGGAAGUUCCUUCAAGUCUUUUAAAUCAGUCCCAUGUCAAUUGUUAGUUGAUAAUACUUUAUUGUAUUAUCAAUUUGUAACUCAAGCUAGUGAGGUGUUCCUGUAUGUAAAUCCCAUUCCUAUAUUGCAUUUAAUAGAAGUUAAAGUGCAAAAUAACAUUCUUUAUUGCAAAGAAGAAUUUCCAUGACAUUUGUGAUAUAAACCUUAAGCUAUUUAAUUUAAAAGGCUGUACAUGCUUUUAUUGAUAAGCAAAAUAUGCACUGAAAGUAAAAAUAUAUCUUAGUGGCAAUAGUUGGGCUAUCAUUUUUAGAAACUAGAAAUUGAGACUUUUGAACACCAAACUUAGGUAUAGUUUAAUUUAUAAUACCAGCCUUGUAGUUUUGUCACAUUAUCAGACUGACUUUUAACAUUAAAAUGGUUAUGAUUUAAUGGAACUUCUUCAAUUUAAUAUUUGAAAGAUUAUCAACUGCUGCAAUAAAAGAGUACAUCUAACCCUAGUAUUCCAAUUUGACAGUGUUUCAAAAAAUACAUUCCUUCUUACUAGCUAACAUCUAUCUUUAAAAAUUAACAGUUCUUGAUGGUGCUUUUCGAUCAAUCAAAAAUAUUAUUUGUAUGAUGAUUCAGCUCUAGGUGAUAAAAUCUCUUCUUUGACAUCACAAGCCCCUGUUUAUAUUGUACUCUUUCAUGCUCUUAAGAGAACAAAUACAACUCAUAAAAUCAUUAUGUUGACAGCCAAAAAAGCAUUUGAAAAGUUAAUGUGAACGUUGCUUUUCCUACAGGUGUGGAUUACUGCCUAGCAAGUCCCCAGAAUGUCCAGCUCCUGCGUGGUGCUUCUAGGACUCUGGGGAAUAUUAUUACUCUAUGUGCUGGUAAUGGGAGAGGUCAAGAGAGAGGAGAAAGCAAGAGAACCUAGAGCUGAUUCCUGCUGUUCAUAGCUUUGCUCUAAACUUCAUCGUCCAACAUAGCAAGCACAGCUCCAACUGAGGAGUAACACACGAGCUAGUCAAACUGAGAAGCUAGAAGAGGUCUAGUACUUCCCAUAAGGCUAGUUCCUCUUCACUCUGCCGCUGAAUGUCAGGCAACGUGUGUUGGGUCACCUGAGAAAGUGUCUCAUUUCCUCUUGAUUUCUAUUUUUUAAAAGAUUUAUUUUAUUUGAAAGAGAGUUACAGAGAGAGGGAGAGACAGAGAGAGAGAGAGGUCUUCCAUCCACUGUUUCAUUCCCCAGAUGGCCUCAAUGGCCAGAACUGCGCUGAUCCGAAGCCACGAGUCAGGAGCUUCCUCCAAGUCUCCCACGCGGGUGCAGGGGCCCAAGCACUAGGGCCAUCUUCUACUGCUUUCCCAGGCCAUAGCAGAGAGCUGGAUCGGAAGAAGAACAGCCAGGACUAGAACUGGUGCCCAUAUGGGAUGCUGGCACUUCAGGCCAGGGCUUUAACCCCGCUGUGCCAUAGUGCCGGCCCCUCAAUUUCUAUUUAUGUGGGAUAGAACUGCCUUUCCCUAAGAUGCUCCUUAUCUGUUAAUGGAUGUAAUGCGUUGCUUCGCACUGAAGUAUUAGGAAUAGCCACAAGUGUGAUUAUACAAUGUACACUCUAAAGCAGGGCUGUUCUAUAGAAUUCUGUGAUGAUGGACAUGUCUCUAUAUGUGCUGUCCAAUAAGGCAGCUGCUAGACACAGAUGGCUAAUGAGUAGUUGAAAUAUAGCUAGUACAGCUGAGGAGAUGCAUUUGUAUUUAUACUUCAUUUUAAUUAGUAUAAACUGAAAUACCUGCAUGUGGCUAGUGGCUACCUUACUGGAUAGUGGAACAUAGAUUCAGAAAACUUAUCUACUGCAAAAAAUGCUGAAUGUGGGAGACUGUGGCUGGCCAGUGGGCAGGUGGGCAGGUAAGCCUUUGUCUGCCCUUGCUAGUGUACCCCACAGAGAGGAAAGGCAAGCUAGGCUCUUCCAGACUAACUCUACCCUGCUUGAUUGCCUGAGGCAAAUCACACUCACUAGAAAACACCCCAGGGAGAAUGUAAACCACUCUACUAUGGCUCACAUAUUUUGACACCAUUUCUUUCUUUGUUUCCUUGCCUUUUCCCCCUUCAGGUUUCAAAAGAAGACUUUUUGAACUAUUACGCAGGUGUUAGUGCUUCUGUUGACACUGAUGCCUAUUUCAUUUUGAUGAUGACAACAUCCUGGAGAUUAUGACUUUGGCUUAUUAAUUAUUUUAGAAAUCAGAAACUUUCAGAAAAUGGAAUGAGUUUAAAAGAAGUACAAUACUAUAGAGUUUGAAAAGGUGUAAACUAAAAUUUCUGAAAGAUUUGGAAUUUUAAAAGUGAUAGAUCUUUAGUUAUCCUACUGAAUUACCUGGAAUAUGUUCAUUUCCAUGAAACCCUGAGAUGUAUUUUUGAAUUAGUAAGAAAGGAAGAGAGAGGGAAGGAGGAAGAAAGGUAAAAAGAAGCCAUGAUGUGAGAUUGAGAAGUGCUUCCUAGGUCAAAUAAUGUACUUCCUGUUACAGAUGUUCCACUUUUGUUGUUAAUACAGCUGUUUCUCCACACCUUCACUUUAUUUGAGAACUCUGUAGCAGAAGAUGAUAAUAAAAAAAAUCACAGGAAUACUUAACUGUAAAAUUUGAUGAGCUUACUUAUCUUAUUCCUUUUGUGAAUAUAAAAAGUCCUCAACUUAGAAUGGUUCAACUUAACAAUUUUUCCUCUUUACAGUGGUGUGAAAGCAUUCAAUAAAAGUCAUACAUCAAAUUGUGAUUUUCAAUCUUUGCCAGGACUAGCGAACUGUGAUGCAAUUCUCUCGUAGGAUGUUGGCCAAGGGCAGUAAGUCACAGGUCCCAGUCAGCAGUGUGCUCACAAGGGAAAACAAUGGAGUCUAUAGUGUGCUGUGCUGCUAAGCUAGAAUGUUUAAGAGGAUAGGGGCUAUUAAAUGCAUUUUGACUUACUUUUUAAUUUUUAUUAGAUUUUUUUAAAAAUCAAAGAAAUAUUUGAAAGGUAGAGGACAGAAUGGGAAAGAUAGAAUGAUGUUCCAUCUGCUGGUUCACUCUCUAAAUAGCCACGUGGUUGGAGCUGGGCUAAGCUGUAUCCAGGGGCCUGGAAUUCCGUCCAGGUCUCUUACAUGGGUGUCAGGAGUCCAAGUACUUGGACCAUUUUCUGCUGCUUUCUCAGGCCAUCGGCAGGAUGUUGGAUCAGAAGUGGAGCAUUUGGGACUCAAACGGGCACUCUGAUAUGCGACUAUGGCCUCACAGACGUAGCUUAAACCUCUGAGCUACAACAUUGGUCCCUGAUGUCUUUGACUUACACUGAGUUUACUGGGUUGUAAGUGGAGGAGCGAAUAAAAUAAA